AUGUCUGAUAUUAUAUCAUCAUUUGUUGAAUUAUACUCUAGAGAAGAUGUAUGCGAGCCUGAUAAUCAUUACGAUGGUAGAAUGGGAGCCAGAAUCUCUGCUAUAUUUGUGAUUCUUGUGACUUCAGCCUUUGGCUCAUUCUUCCCAAUGUUGAGUUCAAAGUAUUCAUUUAUUCGUAUGCCUUCAUGGUGUUUUUUCACUGCCAAAUAUUUUGGUUCCGGUGUGAUUCUUGCAACUGCUUUUGUCCAUUUAUUAGGACCUGCUGCUGAAUCUUUGAGUAGUGAAUGUUUGGGUGCACCAUUUACCACUUAUCCAUGGGCAUUUGGAAUAGCCUUGAUGUCUCUUUGUCUUUUGUUCUUCGUUGAAUUAAUUGCAUACCGUUAUGUUGAAUGGAAUACUGCUAAAUAUAGUGGAGAAGGAGAAGAAAAUGGUGUACAUUCUCAUUCUCAUUUUGGUGAUCAAUCUGUUUACCUCAAAAAGGCAAAGGAAGUUGAAGCUGAAGAAGAAGUAGAAACUUCUUCGGAAAAGCUACAAACCCUGGAAAAAUUCAAGGAUCAACAACAACAAGAACAAAGAUACCCAAGUCAUUUCUCUCAUGCUGCUGAACAUCAAGAUCCAGAAGUUAUUGGUACUCCUGCAAAUGAUCUUGAGAAGGAACAAUAUUUCGGUCAAGUUAUUAAUGUCUUGGUAUUAGAAUUUGGUGUUCUUUUCCAUUCUGUGUUUAUUGGAUUGUCCCUUGCAGUUGCCGGUGAAGAAUUUGUUUCACUUUACAUUGUUCUUGUAUUCCAUCAAAUGUUUGAAGGUUUAGGUAUUGGAACUAGAGUUGCUACUACAGCUUGGCCAAAGAGUAAAAGAUGGAUUGCAUGGUCCCUUUGUGUGAUGUAUAGCUUAACUACACCAAUUGCUAUUGCUAUUGGAUUGGGAGUUAGAAAAACAUACCCUCCAGGUUCAAGAAGAUCUUUAAUUGUUAGUGGUGUAUUCGAUGCUUUAUCAGCUGGUGUUCUUCUUUAUGCUGGGUUAGUUGAAUUAAUGGCUCAUGAAUUCUUAUUCUCCAAUGAAUUUAAAGGACCUGGUGGAUUUAAAAAGAUGAUCUUUGCAUUCAUUAUUUUAUGUUUUGGAGCUGGUAUCAUGGCUCUUUUGGGUAGAUGGGCUUAA